GGCCAUUUUCAUUAUUAUAUAAUUUCAUCCCAUUUACAUACAUUUUAUGUUUUUUGUCCCCACUGUGGUCUUGUCUGUCUUUGUGGUGUCCGCAUCUGUGUUUAGGGCUUUAUGCCUAAUAAAGAAAUCGGUAUUUCGUCAGCCGUUAUAUUCUGAGUUCAAAUUCCGCCGAGGUCGACUUUGCCUUUCGGGGUCGAUUAGAAUAAGUACCAGUUAAACACUUGAUCGAUGUAAUCGAUUUAAUCCACUUGUUCGUCCCCUCUAUGUUUAGCUCCCUGUAGGUCAUGAAGAAAUAAAUACGUCCAGGAAAUGAUAUUCCGGAUAUUUAUGAAAGACGGAAUAUUUAAUGAAGAUCGCAUAUUUCCCUUUACACCGCAUUUCUCAGUAUUAGUUCAUAGACAUGUUGUCGGUUUACUUAAAGCAUAAACAAAAACCACAAAUAACGGAGAAUAAAUAAAUUUUAAAAUAUAUUUAAAACUUUCACCUUUUGUUUUUCUUCUGAAAUCAGAACUAUGGACCCAGAUAUUUUAGUUAUUUUUCAAGCGACAGAAAAUCUUAUAAAACAAACUGAUUGCCAUGUAUUCCUGGAAUCUGAUUUUAAUCGCCGUUCUCUUCCAAAUCUGUUAGAAGAAGAAAUAAGCAAUGUUUGGAAAAUAAGGCAGUCGAAGAACACGACUUUAUAUAAUGGCACCAAGUUUCGCGUCCAUGCUGUUCUUCCGUCUGUUGAUAAAAAAGGAGUCAAUUUACAAUUAGGAAUUACUUGUUAUAGAGACUUUCUCGGAACCAACUGGUCGUUUCGGUCCCAACAUAUGCAAACUAUUGGCCUCGCCUUGUUUGGUAAUUCUCAAGCCUGUAUGUCAGAUCCUUUGGGCGUUGGUUCGUUGUUAUUAACGAGCGAUCAAAGAAUUAUUCUCUUAAAACGUAGCCAAAACUGUGCCGAAGCCCCAGGUCUGUGGGACAUACCUGGUGGACAUGCCGAACCUCAGGAAUUGGUUGGGUCUGUGAUGAUGGAAGAAAUUGAUGUAGAAUCUUUGUCUCCUGCUGCUGUUGUCAAAGAAUUGUAUAACUCUGUGCUGCGAGAGAUAAGAGAUGAAGUGAACAUUCCACAAGAUAUGCUUUUGGAACCAGAACUGAUGGGCAUCGCAAGCAAUUUGACAAGUGCUGGCAGACCAAGUUUGGAGUUCUUUGUAAAAUGCAGUUUACCCUCAUCCGAAGUAUUACAGUUGUAUCUUCAGGGAAACCAGAGUGAAGCAGAUGAAUCAACACAUAUUCAGUGCCUUUCUGUUAAUGAUGUCUUGGAGCUGCAAGAAAAUAAUAAACAGCUCUGGAGCAUGCUGGCGCCAUCAGCAAAAGGAUGUUUUAUUAUUUUCAUAAACAUGGUUUUAAAUAACGUUUUAAAACUAGAUUCUAACAGCAGUAUUACCAAUUCCAUUGAGCCUUAAUGUCUUGUUUACCAUUAUCGAAUACAGUGGCAUUGCAUAAAAUUCAUUGUUAAUCUUGGUUCCAAAUUGGGAACAACAGUUUAAACUCUGACCAUUUUCACCAAACAACACACCUCUCUGUCUGUUUCAAUUCAUUUUUAAAAUAAUACUUGAAUGGGUUUAUCAACUUAACUAAUUUUUUUCAUUGAUGGUUUUCCCAUGCAAAUACAACUAAAUAAAAGAUUCCUACAUGACAUUUUCAUGGAAAUCUUACUGAGAUUUCAUCUCAUUAUUCUUCUAGUAAUGAAGUUUUCAGUUUGUAUUAAAAUCUAAACUCUUUGACAUGAACUGUUUGGGGCAAGUUGCUCCCCACCCUGGUCCAAGAAGUGCUUUUCAAACGGGUGGAUGGAAUCAGAGUUCAUGUCUGUCAGUGGCAUAUUUACAUCUGUAGAUUGUUAUGAUUACCAUUCACCAAAUCCAUGGAAUUAAGAUUAAUAGAAUUUUCUGAAUAUAUGUUUUAUGUUGCAAUGGAUUUGAGGAAUUAAGAUGAAAAUAGUUGAGAUCACUUUCAUUUUAUAAGGUUCCUUCUAAUGUUUCUGAAGAAUGGCACUUUCUACAGUUUGUCUGAUUGAAACAGAAAAUAAAACAGGAUCUUAUUUCACUUGCCAGUUUGAUUAGUUAGAUGUAAGAAGGGACCUCCAGCUGUUAAAACAACCACCAGUUACUCCUUCAAGUAAACCAUCUGGCAGUGUAAACCUGGGAAACCAAUUUUAAAAGCAUGACACAUGACACAACCUGUUGCAAAAAGAAUGUUGAUAAUGAUGCCUUUUUAUGUUGCGUUCCUUAAAUGGGGCUUUAGUUUUGUGCAUUUGUGGAAAUACGUGGUCUGAUCAAUAAGUAUCCAGACUGUUGCUAUAGUAACGAAGCUAAAGCAUGCAGAAUAAAGUCACUUGGCACAGAUUGAUCUUCAACUCUGUUCUACAUGUGCACCGAGUUUUAACAUUCUGGUUCACUUCUGUUGUUUACAGCAGUGCUUGGAAGGAAGGUGUGUAGCCCAUGAUCGUCGCAUUGACCAUAACAGAGAAAGUUGAGCAGAGAAUCUGCAUCAAAUUUUGCCAAAAGCUUGGACAAUACCUGCUCAGAGGCCUAUGCAAAGAUUUUGAAAAGUUUUCAUUGUUCUCAACACAAUCAAGGAGAUUUUGUGCAACUGAAACCUGAAUUUCUUUUUGGUCAGCUGAAAGCAGUUCUGGCACAAAUUUGGCAGACAUGCGUCUCAUACCCAAAUCUUCAGUGAUAAUGGACUGAACUGAACGGUAACUAGUCUGCACAUCCUCUGAUAACUCACAGAUUGUCAUUCGAUGAUUUCCCCUCACAGUUGCAUGCACAUCUGCGAUGUUUUUUUCAGUUCUGCUGGUUGUGGGUCUCCAAGAACAUUCAUUAAUAUCAACAUUUCUUCGCCUAUCUUGGAAACAUCUGAACCACUCGUUCACUUGUGUGUGGCUCAUACACCCCUCUUCAUACACUUUCUGUAACUUUGCGCAAACCUCUGAGCAGGUAUCGCCAUGACAACUUUCUCUGUCAUGGUCAAUGUGACGAUCACAUGCUACACACUUUCCUUCCAAGCACUGCUGUAAACAGCGGAAGUGAGCUAGAACGUUAAAACUUAGUGCACAUGCACAGCAGAGUUCAAGGUCAAUCUGUGCCAAGCAGCUUUACUCUGCGUGCUUUAACUUCAUUACUAUGGCAACAGUCUGUAUACUUAUUGAUCAGACCUCGUAGUUUUGUUUCUUACAUAUCUGGGUUGGCCUUGUGCCUAAAUCAGGAACCGUUGAUAUUUGGGUUUAAGGAAGAAGUCCAAAGGGUCCAUAAACUAUUUACAGAGAGAGAGAGAGAGAGAGAAAGAGGGAGUGUGUGAGAAGGAAAGAGACAGAUAGAGGAGAGAAAAUAUAGAUUUUUGAAUUUUUGGAUGUAUUCCUAGGGAGAAUUCCAAUUAUAAUAUUCGUCCAGGUUCCCGUGGAUAAAUUCCUGAAGUCUUUCCUCAGAGUGUUGGUUGUUGCAAAAUUAUUGAAAAAAUUAAGUAAAUUGUUUAUCUUUUUUUAUUUUGAGAUUAUUUUGGGGGAAAGUUUUUUAAUGGAUCGAGGUUUCACAAUAAAUGGAAACUUUAAAUAUUCGGGAGAAAAAAAAAAUUACUAAAAUAAAGUCUAUUUUUGUAUUACUUAAAAAAACCGUUUUGCUGUUUUUAUAUCUUUUAUUUUUUACUUGUUUCAGUCAUUGGACUACAGCCAUGCUGGAGCACCACCACGAGCGUCUUUUUAGUCAACUGAAUCAGUCACAGAUUCUGUUUGAUUUUUAUUCACCUAGUACUGAUUGUAUUGGUCUCUCUUGAUGGACCGCUAAGUUAUGGGGAUGUAAACACAUCAGUACCAGUUGUCAAGUGGUGGUGGGGGACACACAGACACAAAGACUCACACACGCACGUGGAUACAUAUGUAGAAAGAGAGAGAGAGAGAGAGAGUAGCUUCUUUCAGUUUCCGUCUACCAAGUCCACUGACAAGGUUUUGGUCAGCCUGAGGCUAUAGAAGCAAACACUUGCCUAAAGUGCUGUGGAGUGGGACUGAACCCAGAACUACUUGACUGAGAAGCAAAUAUCUUACCACCACACACCCAUGCUGGUAACACUGUGUAACAUGAUUGGUUAACAACUCUUAUUUCCUAUUUGCUGACCCCUAGAAAGUAUGAAAAAUGGCUAAUAUUCCUUUCAAACUUUGCUUUUGUUAUAAUAUUUAUUCAGACCCCAAAGAAUCCCUCUUGACACAUGAUUAUGAUGCCCCGUCACUACUCCUUCUCAUGAUCAGAAAUGCCACUAAGGGCAACUCAGCACUGAAUCUGUCUGAAAUGGAAAAUAGAUCAGUUUCAAGACAUUGACGUCCAGGUCACAGGAGCAGGGUUUGAAGGGGACAGUGGUCAUUUCCUUUCAUUUCUAAAUAGAAGCAAAUAAGAAGUAACACUCACUGACCAAAGACAAAAACAAUGAAAAUUUGGUUAGAAUUUGGAAAGGUUAUCCAAGAAGAGAAAAACAUGACUUCGAAUAUAUGAAGAAAAAAAAAAAAAAAAAAAAAAAAAAUCUUUCAUUUGAUAUUCAUGAAAAACAAAGUAACCAACUGGAUUAACUAGCCAGGAUGGAUAAGCUCAAAUCUGCUGCUGGCAUUUCAUUCUCAGUUCAAAGAGUUUUUGGCAAGAUGUAGCAGAUCUUAUGAACCUUCCUGCCCACUCUUCCCAACCCUGCCUACAUUCUCCCUUAAAUUCACCUUUUUUCUUUAGAGUACAUUCUGACACCUCGCCACCAUCAUGUUUGCCCUCUUUCUAGUUACUUCCAUCCACCCUUAUAUAAUGUGGGGUAACCAUGUAUCCCCUUUAUUGUCCCUCUAUCAUACUUUGAUCUCUCAAUAUCUGGCAUAAGGCCUCCUCCACCACUCUCUCCUCCAACUCCUCUCAGUUGAGGGAUCUUUCUUUUCUUUGUCUUGAUAAUAACUUGGCAACCUCACAAGGACCAGCAUCACAAAAAGGUACCCAGUCCACCCUGUGAAGUAGUUUGUGUUAGGAAGGGCAUCCAGCUGUAGAAACCAUUCCAAAGCAGACAUUGGGGUUUCGUGCAGUCUUCUGCCCUGUUAGUUCCUCUGGAGCCAGCUGACCCAUACCAGCAUGGAAAACAGACACUAAAUGAUGAUGGUGAUGGUGGUAGUGGUGGUCACCAUUGUCAUGGUAGUGAUGAUGAAGAAGAUUGGAAUGCUUGUCUUGAGACCAGUGUUUACCAAAUGUCCUGCUCUGCCUUGUUAUUGAUUCUCAAUUCUGUUCUGAUUCCAAGCGGUCAAUGGCAAUUGCUGUGUGCAACAGAGAAGCCACCGUUCACCCUAAAAUCAAAAUCAUCGAACACAAGGAUUACUUCUACCCAAUAAGCACAGUUAUGAAAAAAGUUCCUAGGCCCUGGGGGACCAGAACCAGUGGAGCAUCAGACAAAACACAUUGUGUUGUUUAGUUACACUCCUUCAUGUUGUAAGUUCAUAUCUUGUUUGAACUGAUAUAACUUUCCCUCCACCCUAGGACGAUACAAUAACUACCCCCUCCCCAUGGAAAUCUAAUUAACUAUUUCAUCAUCAACAUUUAAUGUCCUUGUCCCAUGCUGGCAUGGGUUGAAUUAAUUUUAUCUUUCCUCCUUAAAUCAGAGCCCUUAUGCCUAGGUUCAAAAUUACUUUUAAUGAAAAUUCUUAUUUUUGAUACCCUUUCCCAGACCGUUCAGCUAGUGUUUGUCUCCAGUGUCAAGUGGAUGAAAGACAAGUUCCCCCUGGAUAGGAUGCUGGGCUAAGAAACACAACAAAUCCCACUGGCAAAAUUCAGUUCUCCAUCAGUUCAUGCCAGUCACCGUCAAGAGCUCAAGUGUUCUCAGAUUCUGGCUCUGCCAAUUUCUUCAGCAAAAUCAGGAUAGCUACAAUCCAUCCAAGAAAUGAGUCCCUGCAAGAUUGGGGUGGCUGCUGCAGCAAGUGUCACCGGUCAUUCUCCUUUGCAAUCCUGUUUGCGAGGCGCAGCUAGACAUGCCAUUUGAUCUGGGGUGUAACAACCCAUUACUGCCACCACUCUUGUAUCUUCUGCUGCUUAAUUCCCCACCCUCACCCCACUGCAUUUCUUUCUUUAUCUUUGUUUCUCUUCUGAGGUAGCUAUGGUUUAUUUUUUUCUUGAUAAUUCGAUCUUUUAUAAUUUAAAUGUUUUUUUCUUUUUUUUUUAUUCCUAUAAAAAUAUGUUGUUUAUAAAAACGAGGGAAUAAUAACGAAUUACCAAUUAUUGAAGUGCUAACACAGCUUAUGACAAUAACCUGUUUUGUUCUGUGAUUCUUAUUUACAGCUACACAGACUGAGUCAUUGGAGAGUUUAAAGUCUUCACCACAUGUAAAAGGCUAUGCUUCUAACAAUAUGAACUACAAGCAUCUUGUCCAGUUUUUUUGUGCCCCAUCAGCUCUAUCAUCUAUUGUCUUGUCAUUUCAAAACCCGUGAUUUUGCCCUGUAAUGGUAUGGACAGGUCCUUUUGUCUUUAUUUUUCUUGAGUCUCAGGACUCAUAAGGUCAGUUAGCAUCUAAGUGACCAACACCACAACAUUCCCCUACACCAGAUACCUGUCCAUUGUAGGUUUUGUAGGUUUCACUUUGCCUUUCAUCCUGUGCAGGUAGCAUGUAAAAAACACUUUUUGAGCAUGGUCGUUGCCAGAACUGCCUGACUGGCCCUCGUGCCAGUGGCACAUAAAAGCACCCACUACACUCUCAGAGUGGUUGGCAUUAGGAAGGGCAUCCAGCUGUAGAAACUUUGCCAGAUUAGAUUGAGCCUGGUGCAGCCUUCUGGCUCACCAGUCCUCAGUCAAACCGUCCAACCCAUGCCAGCAUGGACAGUAGACAUUAAACGAUGAUGAUGAGACAGUAAAGGAGUUUUAAUAAUUA